CGGACGCCCUCUACACGCGUAAGCACAGCCCGUUUGCUUUCCAAAACUCUCCUUCUACCCACAUUUUUCGGUUAUCAGUAUGCCUAUGAGUGCGGAGUAGACAAACACCAUUUCAAAUCAUUUUUGACCUUCAAUAUUAUGCCCCAGCCCGAUUUGGGAGUGUACGACCAUUACCACAGCUUGUAACGUAGUUGCGACAUCAAUCGGAUCCGUGGAAUCAAGCCUCGGGGCCAGGCAUAGGCAAACCGCCUAAAGUUUAUUACAAAUAAAAAGCAGACGACUAUACGACAUAUUAUCAGUCUGGGUUCGCAGGGUUUUGCGUCCUAGCUCUUUGGGGUAGCAGAUAUGGCAGAUGAACUAUCAGCACGUGGUAGGAGGGUUACGGGAAGGAGGUUGCCUGUGUUGCAUUCAAACGAGCCGACAACAGCUUCGGAUCAAAUUAAGCUCAUGGAAAACGAGUUAAGGAAGAAUGGAGUAAGUUUGUACACCGUCUGUAAGUUUGCAUACGACAUUUCAAAGUCGGUUGCGAAAGAAGAAUAUGGGGUGUUUCUUCAAGUACUAGGGGUUCCCCCCGUCAACACGUCGAGAGUCAUUAGUCACUGUGAUCUGCGCCCUGAGACCCCACCACAGACACUCCAGCCAGAAACGCCUUCUAGUACGUACAAGUUUGGACCACAGUCAGAGCGAGCAGGCGUAGGGUCGACAACUUCUGAGCAGGACCUAUGCUCAAUGGUUCUUGAAGCCGUAAAGAUAGUGAAACAUCAGAAGCUUCUUCAGGCUGCCCGUGAUAUUACCGCUGGGAAUUCACCAAAGGUUAUGAAGAGAAGAGGUCGCCAAAGGGGGCAUAAUCAACCCACUCGUACACCAACGAAGCCUCGUAGUGGGGGUAGUUAUGGACAUUGUGGAAAUUGUGGAGAAACUGGUCAUAACAUUCGGACAUGUCAAUACACAGUAAGCGUUGGAUAAUACACUUUUGAUUCUAGCGCAAAUAGUGGGUAGUUUUGAUAGUUUUAUGGAUGGGGUUCGUAAUGCCAGA